AUGUUUUGGCAAAAGAACAAAACAAAAACUUCCAAUUGUUUACAAUCUCAGACCUAUGAGAAACAAUUGUUGUUCUCAACUCUGUGUAUCUUAAGCAGAAGUCAGAACGAAGUAUUAGUUACGAAUUUGUUUUUACUUCAAACUGAAAUUGCAUUUAACAGAAAAAAUAUCAAAAUAUGUUUUGGUUUCACUAUGGAUACUUAA